AUGGAAACUAAAAAAGGUACGUAUGGUAUAUUAAACGAACAUUUGUGGGACCAGGAUCCGGAAUUAUAUGAUUUAAUAAAAAAAGAAAAAAAACGACAAAUAUCCGGUUUGGAAAUGAUUGCGUCGGAAAAUUUUACCUCCGUAGCCGUUUUAGAAUGUUUGAGCUCGUGUCUUCAUAAUAAAUAUUCUGAAGGUCUUCCCGGACAAAGAUACUACGGUGGAAAUGUUUUCAUUGAUGAAAUUGAAAUACUAUGUCAGAAAAGAGCACUUCAAGCUUUCGGUUUAGAUCCGGAAAAAUGGGGUGUUAACGUACAACCCUAUUCUGGUUCUCCGGCUAAUUUGGCUGUUUACACUGGUAUCAUUCAACCGAAUGAUCGUAUCAUGGGUUUAGAUCUUCCAGACGGAGGUCACUUGACCCACGGAUUCAUGACGGCUAAUAAAAAAAUCUCUGCUACGUCCAUGUUUUUUCAAUCCAUGCCGUAUAAAGUCAAUCCCAAAACGGGAUACAUCGAUUACGACAAAUUAGCCGAAUCUGCUAGAUUGUUUCGUCCACAAGUCAUUGUUGCUGGAAUAAGUUGUUAUUCCAGAUGUUUAGAUUAUAAAAAAUUUCGCGAAGUAGCCGAUGAAAACGAUGCUUAUUUGUUUUCUGAUAUGGCACACGUAAGUGGAUUGGUUGCAGCUAAAUUGAUUCCUUCGCCGUUUGAUUAUAGUGACGUAGUAUCAACGACUACGCACAAAACAUUGAGAGGACCCAGAGCCGGUAUGAUAUUUUACAGGAAAGGAGUUAGAAGCAUAAAAAAAAAUGGAGAUAAAGUCAUGUACGAUUUAGAAUCUCGAAUCAAUCAAGCCGUGUUCCCCGGAUUACAGGGUGGACCACACAAUAAUAAAAUUGCAGCAAUCGCAACAGCUUUGAAACAAGCAGCCACUCCAGAAUUCAUUCAAUACCAAAAGCAGGUUAUUAAAAAUGCACAAAAACUGUGUUCUUGCUUACAAGAAUUGGGUUAUAAAGUUGCUACCGAUGGUACCGAAGUGCAUUUAGUUUUGGUCGAUCUUAAAUCUGUCGGUUUGACAGGUGCAAAAGGAGAAUUUGUUUUAGAAGAAAUAAAUAUUGCAUGUAAUAAGAACACAGUACCUGGAGAUAAAAGUGCAUUGAAUCCCAGUGGUAUUCGAUUAGGUACACCAGCAUUGACAACUCGAGGAUUUGUAGAAAAAGAUAUUGAACAAGUUGUUUCCUUCAUACACAGAGGUUUGAUGUUAGCCAAAGAAGCUCAUGGUGUUUCAGGACCGAAAUUAGUAGAUUUUAAAAAAACAUUAACAGGAGAUCCACAAUUUUGUACAAGACUUCACGAUUUAAAAGAAGAAGUUGUCAAAUUUUCCGAAAGUUUUCCACUACCCGGAUUAGACGAGUAUUAA